AUGGGUUUUGGAUGGUCUGCUACAUUCAUAUUCCUUUUAGUUUUAUCCUUUGCAGUACUUGUUAUUGAUUUCUUUGUGCUUGCUAAUGCUAACCUCCCUUCCUUGCAGCAAUUGUGCCAUGAUCAUGAGAAGUCUGCUUUGCUUCGUUUCAAGCAAAGCUUUCUUCUUAAUUGCUCUGAAUCAUCUUAUGCCUUUGCAUAUCCUAAGGUGAAAUCAUGGCAUGAUGAUCAUCUGUUGGAAAAUGCAACUGUAAGCAGUGAUUGCUGUAGGUGGGAUGGUGUUAAGUGCAAUGAAGAGACGGGUCACGUGAUUAGCCUCGACCUUAGUAGCAGUUGCCUUUAUGGCACCUUCCCUCAUAACAGCACACUCUUCAGCCUUAAUCAUCUCGGUGAGCUUGAUCUUUCUUAUAAUAACUUCAACUAUUCUCAAAUCCCCUCUGACAUUGGUCAUCUGUACAAGCUCACACAUCUCAACCUCUCCGAGUCAGUUUUUAGUGGUCAAAUUCCGCCAGAAUUUUCAAAACUGUCACAUCUAUCUCUUCUUGAUCUUUCUCAUAACGGAGAUCCUACAGUUGUCAAUGAGAAGUCAAAUCUGAAACUUGGUGAUUUGAGUGUAGAGAAGUUGGUUCAUAAUUUAAGUCGUUUAACCCAUCUUUAUCUUAACUCAGUUGACAUAUCUUCUGAGGUACCCCUUAUCAUAAGCAACCGAACUUCCCUAAAAGCUAUCUCCCUUGAUUACUGCAAUCUACUGGGUGAAUUCCCAACAAAUCUUUUCCGGCUACCAAAUCUUGAACUAAUUUCAUUGCUUUACAAUCCCAAAUUAGGAGGAUAUCUCCCCGAAUUUCAUUCUUAUAGUCCUCUUCGUGUUUCACAUCUCUAUGGAACUAGAUUUUCAGGAGAGUUGCCAGCUUCACUUGGAAAUCUAGUUUCCUUGAGUGUUCUUGAUCUGCAGUUUUGUGAAUUCUCUGGAAAAAUUCCAUCUUCAAUAAGUAACUUGACAGACCUCACCGUACUGGGCCUUGCGAUUAAUUAUUUUACUGAACUUCCUCACUCAAUCAUGAACCUAACGCGCCUUACUGGUUUAUCUCUUUCAAACAUGAUGAAUGUUAGGACUGGUCGGAAUAUUGAACCUAAGCUGAAUUCACUCACUGCACUAGCCCUUCCCCAAAUGAAUUUAGACAAUGAAAUCCUGCCUGCUCUGUCUAACUCUAGCAGAUUCACUAUUUUGGCUCUUUACGACAACUUGUUAACAGGUCCACUUCCGAGUUGGUUUAUGAAUCUAACCCAAUUAGACACCUUAGAACUACAUGGAAACCAGUUGCUAGGUCCAGUCCCACCCUGGAUUUAUAACCUUAAUAAUCUUCGCACAUUGACUUUGUCAUUCAGGGGUGCAGUUGGCAAGCUUGACCCAUUUAUCAUGCUCCCUAAUCUCCUUGUUUUAUAUUUGGAUGGUGUUCGCCUCACAUUUCCUUCAAAUACAAGCACCAAUUCAUCGUCUCUUUUGAGGUUGCAGUUUUUGAGUCUUGAUUCAUGCAACUUGAACGAGUUCCCCAAGUUCCUACAAUAUCAAGAUAAGUUAGAAACACUCUCUCUCUGGGGAAACAUCAUAGGUGAUAUCCCACAAUGGUUAGUGAACACAACUAGAAAGAGUCUCUUGUCAUUAAACCUUUCUAAUAAUCUUUUAACAGGUUUUGAAAAACCUCUGGUUUUUCUCCCAUGGAAAAAUUUGAAAAUAUUAGAUCUUAGUGAUAACAAAUUGCGAGGGCCACUUCCAAUUCCUCCAAGUUCCAUUCAAGUUUAUCAAGUCUCAAAUAAUCAUUUCUGUGGAGUUCUUUCCAAUCAUAUGUGUCGUGCAACUUCUUUAGUCUACCUCGACUUAUCUGAAAACAAUCUUACGGGCAAGAUUCCAAGCUGCAUUGAUCACCAGCUUAGUGGUUCUUUGCAAGUCCUAAACGUACGAGGCAAUAAAUUUGGUGGUGCCAUUCCAGAAACAUUCUCAAAAUCAUGUCAAUUGAACAUGAUAAAUUUAAGCCAAAAUCAAUUUGAGGGCAGGCUCCCAAAGUCAUUAGUCAAUUGUACAUUGCUUGAGGUACUUGAUGUCGGAAGUAAUCGUAUUAAUGACACUUUUCCCUAUUGGUUAGGAGGUAUUCCCAAGCUGCAAGUUCUUAUCUUGAGGCAUAACAACAUCCACGGGCAGAUAAUAACCCCAUUGUCUGGUUCGGUUGGUCAGGAUUUUCAUUGCUUGCGUAUUAUUGAUCUGUCUAAUAAUUUUCUUACUGGUAACUUACCAUCUAGGUACAUUCAAAGUUGGGUUGCAAUGGCAGUUUCAACUGAAAACUUGUCAAACUCAACCAACUCUUUUUUUCGACUAUAUUAUAUGCAUGAUUAUUGUUGA